UGUUGCUUUAUAGAUCUGCACGAUCGCGCGCCUGUGCUCGGUUCUGUGUCUGUGUUUGAUGGUCUUUUUAGCCUGCUAGCGGUAUUUGCUUGCGAUGCGGAGGCGUCGAUGAUGUUGACCUAGUCGCUUGGGAAUUUAGGGGUGAGUGAAUACGUAAAAAUGAGCCGUCCUCAGGAUGCACAGCGAACCUUCUUCCCUUUCGGGAAUCCUUUUCGGAUGAUAUCGCCAAAGAGUUCUCAGUUGCCUUCAAAACUUCUUGCGGUAUUGAACAAUUUUGAGGAAUCCUUGGCAGAGAGAUUUAGAAAACUUGACCCAAAAGAGACAGGUGAUGUGCUUAGCUUAUCAUGGAUGGAACUGGCUAUGAAGUCACUUUGUGAAACCCACAGUGACGUAAAAAAUCUAAUCACUGCACUUGAGCUCCCUGUAUGUGAUUGGGAUGACAAGUGGAUUGAUGUAUAUCUUGACAUCAGUGUGAAGCUGCUUGAUAUAUGCAAUGCCUUCAGCUCUGAGAUCUCACGCCUGAACCAAGGCCGUCUUAUGCUCCAGUGCGUUCUCCACAAUCUGGAAUCUUCAUCUCCUCAACAAUUUAUCCGCGCUAGUGCUUCCCUUGAUCGUUGGAGACAGCACAUCAGCUCGAGGAACCCCAGGUUUGAGAACUGUGGCAGUAUACUGGAGAGUCUGAUGGAGUCUCUCGAUUUGCCCAAGGUUAAAAACUCACCCAAAGGUAAGGUUCUGAUGCGUGCCAUGUACGGAGUUAAGGUGCAGACUUUGUUUGUUUGCAGCGUCUUUGUUGCUGCCUUCUCUGGCUCAGCCAAGAAACUGUUGGAGUUGAGUGUUUCUGACACAUAUCUGUGGGGCCUUUCCUUCACUGAUUUGCUGACAAGUGUAAAUAGUAGCAUUAGAAAACGACCUUCUAGUGGUAGUGUGGCCAUCUUCAAGGAGCUGGAAGCAGUUGAUGCAAAUGUCAAGAAGUUGUCUCCACUGAUCCGGUCUGGGGAGGGCACAGUUGAGGAAUCUGUCCGGAGCUCUGUUUCCAAUCUACACAGGGGCGUCGAUUGUCUUUCACAAGGACUGGAUCUUCUCGAGAAGGAAGUGGAUGGCUUCUUCCAGAUAGUUUUAACUGGGCGCGAUGCUUUGCUGUCUAACCUUAGAGCUAACGGUCCGGGUUCUGCGCUGAUGCAAAAAAACAAUGUGGAGCGAUAGUUUUCUAGAUAUUUGUAGGCUUCCGUAUAAAAAUCAACUUAUGUAUUUUGUUGUCUUGUUGGUGAGAGUAUGUAAGAUGUUAUGUUGUGGACAUAUUACGUCUGGUGCGAGUAUAAGGUGUGCUAUGCUGCUACUACUAGAUCAGUUUGUACCGUUUGUUGCAACUCCUCCUUAGAUAAGGUCAGGGAUAUAUGUAAAAUCGUUCCAGUGCAAUGCUGAAGAAUAUUGGCUUAA